ACUAACAUGCAUCAACAAAUACCAGCUAGAUGCUCUGGACUAGACGACACUACGGAGUAGUCCAGUAGUAGAUGGACAGUAGACGCAGAGGCUGUCAACACUCUUUCACUUUUGUGGCCUCGAUUAGCCCAUCUCCUCUUCCGCAUUUCCUCUGCAGUGCAUCGGUCGGUGAGUCGGGUGCGGCAACGGUUGAUGACCUAUUGGCCGUCUCAUACCAUUUCAAAACACCUCACAAGAAAAACGGCAAAUCUCCGGGAUGAACCGCCCCAAUGCCAACUUUGGACCGGCAGGCGGGCCCCCACCGCCUCAACCACCCCCGUCAGCCAAUCUGGGGCUCGGUUUCGGAGGUUUUGAAGGUCCUCGACCUUUUGGCACUCAUCAUCCCGGGACGAAUUUUAGGCCGGGAGGGGCGCCCAUGGGUGGAGCUGGCUUCCCUCCUGUGGGGCCGGCAGGUCCCCCUUUAGGCGGCCGAGAUGUGCCCGAGUUUGUCCCUGGGUCCAUUCUCAAGAAUCGGGAGAUCCUCUAUCGACUCAUGAUCAGUCAGCUCUUUUACGAUGGACAUCAGCAAGUGGCGGUCCAGCUCGCCAACAUCAUCCAACCCGACCCGUCGUGUCCCCCCUCGGAAAAACUAUUUCACAUAGUGAGUUUAGGCCUCGAGAAGGACACCGACGUCAAGAGUAAUCGGGUGGAGCCCUUGGGACCAGGGUUGGAUCUUGAAUACGAAACGGAUAUGCCGAGUAACGCGCCAGAACCGGCUUUUUAUGAGACGGCCUAUGUGACAAGUCACAAGGGCAAUUGCCGAGCCGGGGCCUUUUCCACCGAUGGUACCUUGUGCGCCACCGGAUCAGUGGAUGCCUCCAUCAAGAUUUUGGAUGUGGAGCGGAUGUUGGCCAAGUCUAAUAUCGAGCACAUGACCAAUACGAACAAUGAGCAAGGCGGGCAUCCCGUCAUUCGAACGUUGUAUGAUCACAUUGAGGAAGUGACUUGUCUAGAUUUCCAUCCCAAGGAACCAAUACUAGCCUCAGGCUCCAGGGAUUUAACGGUAAAACUCUUUGACUUCAGCAAGACCUCGGCCAAGAAAGCGGUCAAAACCAUCACAGACUCGGAACCAAUUACAACAAUAGCCUUUCAUCCAACAGGUGAAUAUAUUUUAGUUGGGUGCGAGCAGCCCAUUCUCCGUUUGUACGAUCUCAACACGUCUCAAUGUUUUGUGGGCAGCGUUCCAACCCAUCAUCAUCAGAGUGACAUUACAUGUGCCAAAUGGUCUCCGGAUGGCAAGAUGUAUGUUACCUCGUCGAUGGAUGGUGCCAUUAAGAUAUGGGACGGAAUUUCAAGUCAAGUAAUUGCUACCUUCGCCAACGCUCAUGAGAGAGCUGAGGUUUGUUCAGUGCAAUUCACUCGCAACGGAAAAUACGUUCUCUCAUCAGGCAGAGAUUCCUCAUGCAAACUUUGGGAUCUCUCGACCACACGCUGUCUCAUCGCUUAUACUGGGGCUGGAGCCACCGGGAAACAGGAGCAUCGUGCGCAAGCCGUCAUGAACCAUACCGAGGAUUAUGUCAUGUUCCCGGAUGAGGCGACGACCUCGCUUUGUUGUUGGGAUGCUCGAAACGCAACGCGAAAGCAAUUGCUGUCCUUGGGCCACAAUGGAGUGGUUCGGCAUAUUGUUCAUUCACCUGUUUCACCUGCAUUCCUAACCUGCUCGGAUGAUUUCAGAGCAAGAUUUUGGUACAAAAGACCUUUGGUCCAAUAAAGGUCGAGUUGGAUUUAAGACAAGAA